ACUUUAUUCAGCCAUAUAGGGAGCGACGUUGCUGCUCUGUAUCAUGUAUCGCGAGGGCUGCCUUACGAGCCAAGCUCUCGCGCUCGGUGUCCUUCGCCGGAAGCAAGCAAACGGGCGCUUGUUAGCUCACCAGUUUGACCCCGCCAUCCGCCCAGCGCUGCACAUUUUCCUGGCGCAUUUCCAUGACCCCAUCGAGCUUGCACCAGGGCAUUGCAGGCAGUAAUCUUAGAUCUUGGAGAAAAGUAAAGAUUUCGACAGUAUUCGUGGCAACAUGGACCGUACAGCAGUGGAUUUCGUCGCAAUAUGAAGAUGAAGAUGUAUCUGGCGUGCCUUUAACGAUACGCAACCCUGUACUGCCGGAAUUGUUCAAGCUUGUCCUCGCCAUAUCAUACUACUUCUGGCAGCGUCGACGAGGAGACCGACCCGCGAGCAGCAGCUACGACACACAAGAAGACAGCCUGCCACUGAACAGUGUAAUCGGAGACGGUCAGGGUGGCUCACACCGGGACGAAGAGGGGAAGCAUACGCACCAGCACACCAGUGGGACGCGCAUAUCGCCGGGCGUAGCGUGCGCAUUCACCGUGCUUGCAGCGGUCCUGUUCACGAUACAUAAGCAUAAUCUUGCGUUGUCCGAGGAGUUAACAAGCCCCAUGACGACCUGGCUUGCCGCGUCUGUGGGAACGUUCGUCGCCGGGGUGCUUUCGUACUUCUUUCUCUCAAGGAAUAUUGGACUUUCGCAAUCGCAAGCCGCUCUUUUACAAACAGCUGGUUUCUGUAUCGUACAGUCAACUAUAAUUCCCAAACUAAUCCCGUCAUCCACAUUCCCCACGCUCUCCGCAGUUGCGCUCUCCACCUCGCUUUACUUUGCAUUUAUGGAAUACACCUACACCAACGUCCACAGCAUCUCCGUUUCCGCGUUCCACCUGUUACUUUUCACAUGCACGACAAUCGUCAAUACGCUUGUAUCGGCGAAAAGCGCGUCUCAACCGGCCUUUCAGGAGCUUAGUGCGCAUUUCUCGGGAACGCGAGUAGUAACCACCGCAGCAUCCCAAGCCGCCUUUGACGUAGCUCUACUAGCAGUCGUUUACUCCCAGGGCGCCGUAUCCGCCGCCGUCCUGCAUUCAUUAAGUGCUGCUACAUAUCUGCUCGGCCAUAGUCUCGCGCACGCACAGUACACAACAGGUUUGAUCAGUGGCUCUUCCAUCACGUUACUUGGAGCAAUCGCUUAUUUGGCGACUUCGACUCACGAACGAUAUCUGAAGGCUACUCCUGGCUCGCUCUUCCGAGUUGUGGCGCCGCUUGUUCUGGUUGCCGCGACGCUGAGUCUUGUAUAUACAACGCACGCGGCAAGCCGCACACUCCUAUAUGCACCACCGGUAUUCAAACGUCCAACGCUGCUGAAUGGAAUUACACAGGUGAACACCACUUGCCCGCGCAAGGCCCCACCGUCUGUCACGUCAUAUGAGGGAAACCGGACGUAUCACGCGUUUGAUGACGUCUUGCUUGUUGUGUUCUUCAGCCAUGCGCGGUACAAUGUCAAUCUUGAUUUUUAUCAGGAAGUCUAUGCAGAGUGGUUUCCAAAUAUAGUCUUCGUGGGGCCGGGCAGUAGAGAGGACAAGGGCUUCAGACAUUCGUAUGACGUCCUGGUCGACACAUAUGAGUCAGACGAAGACUUGUCGGACCCUUCUUUCUACAAGAUGGCUGGUCGAAUGGCUCAUCAUAUGCUCUAUACUGCCAUGCGCGAGUACCCAUGUUACGACGGGUACCUCUGGGCGCCAUUCGACACUCUCUUGAAUGUUCCCCGCCUCCAGCAGUUUGAUCAGCGCUACUUCUGGUACCACUCGCCCUUCGGGCAGUAUGUACACAACCCUGCACUAGGCAACAGGGCCGCGAACCGUGAUAAGAACAGGCACGCACCGCCUGCGAAUAUCUCGCCUGAUCCAUCAGUCAAUUUGACGGCGACAUGGAAACACUGGGGACCGGAUUGGUGGUGGGGAGAACCGCAUGUUGGAGUGCAUGUCUGCAUGUCUGCCUACCUGAAGGUUCCUUUACCGAUGCGAGAACACCUCGCGUCGCUCACGAAAGGGACGCGGUUCAUUGGGGGUUCUGCCGACACGAUGUACAUCCCUGGCCGGCACUACACCGAUUUCAUGCACGUCCUAGGCCUAUUCCUCGAGACGGACUGUUUCUUGGAAAUUGCGACGCCAACAGCGCUGCAUUUAGUCUCGCCUCCAGGCGAGCCUAUAUUAUAUGUUGACCACUGGUGGAUCUGGCAACCACCCUUCAACGCGUUGUUCGUUCGCCAGACAUGGGCGAGGGGUAUGGAAGUUGACACCUUCCAUACCUUCCACUGGGGAGAUAAUGUCCCUGACGGGGUCUGGGAAGAAAACCCCGGGCACAUACCCGAUGUCAAACAGCUACAGGCCGAAUCGGCCGAGCGACAAGGCAUACCAUGGUCUUCGCUCUUGAAUAUAACUUCUCAUUGAUAGGCCUCCCUCUCAACAUUGAAAGUGCUGCUCGACGACACGAGGCCGGCGGGGCUCGUAAAACACAGGUAUGGAAAGUGUGGAGCUGCGGGGCCUGAGAUAGUGCGCAUGGCUCGACGGUAGCAGCUACCUAGAAUUCAAAAGGAGACGAAAAGGAAAGCGCUUUCUUUCAUCCGAGGGAAGGGGUCAGGUGGGGCCAGGUUCGCAGAGAAGUACCCAAGCUGCGAGCUUGUGAUCGGAGAUAAAGAAACCCUGGCGGUACGUAACGAGCUUUAGGUCGGCCCUUUUCAGUUUGCCAGCAUAUUGGUAUCCAGGGCAUCCUCUUCGGAGACAUCGGGGAUGCCGUUGACCGGGGACAUAACAUUUGCUAAAGACAGUGCUUACCAGAUCUCAUGAUACGAACGUAUGUUUCAGGAACCA